UCCCCGUGUAGACAGAUGAGUGUUGCCGCCGGGCCGCCCACCGCGGGCGGGCCCCGGGAACGCCCCGCGGCUCCUGCCGCCGGCAGAGCGUGCCUGGCGCUGGGGCAGCGGCGGCCUCUCCCUUCCCCUCCCCUCCCCGCCCGCCAAGAGCCUCCCGCCCGGCCACAGCCCCGGCCCGGCCCUGCGCACAGCGGUGGACUCACCGGGCAGCGCGCACGGAGAGCCAUGGCGCGGUCCCGCGGCGAUGUCCUCUUUUUCCUCUUUCUCCUCUUCCUCUGCAGCUCCGCGGCGGCCGGACCCACGUUCCUUGUGGCAGCUCCCUGGAACAUCAGGCCUGGAGCAAACUUGACUGUUGGGGUAGCUCUGCUGCCGGACAGCCCAGCGCAGGUCACCGUAAAGGGAGAAGUGAUCAGAGAUAACGAGACCAUCUUGAGCAGGGAAAUGGUCUUUGAGAAAGGUACCUUUGGGACUCUUGUUCUUCCAGCACUGCCUCUGAACAGUGCUUCUGAGAAUUAUGAAUUACUGGUGGAGGGCCGUGCUGAGGGCCGGCACAUCUUCUCUAACCGUACCAGCCUGACGUACAUGCCAAAGAGCACCUCUGUGUUCAUCCAGACUGAUAAAUCCAUGUAUAAACCAGGACAGGAUGUGCUCUUCCGGAUUGUGACUGUCUAUCCUGAUCUCAAACCUUACAAAGUGUAUCUGAAUAUAUAUAUCCGAGAUCCUCGGAAGAAAUUGAUUCAGCAGUGGUUGAUGGAGGAGGGUGAUUUGGGUGUAGUUUCCAAAAAAUUUCAGUUAUCAAUGAACCCUCCACUAGGAGACUGGUCCAUAGAGGUGGAAGUGAACGGUCAAGUUCAUUAUCAAAGAUUUAAAGUGAUGGAAUAUGUUUUACCCAAAUUUGAUGUCAUGAUAACAACACCCUUAUACUACUCUUUGAGAGAUGAAGAUGUAACUGGUGUUGUCUCUGCAAAGUACACAUAUGGAAAGCCAGUAAAGGGAACUGUAACAGUCACUUGCCUUUCUGUUUCUUACUGGACAAACAAGAGAAAUAUAACAACAACAAUGGAGAUAAACGGAUCUGUGAAUGUAACCUGUAACAAGCUGAUGUUGCAGAACUUGAAUGCUGAGCAGUCGUGGCACCAAGGUGACAGUGAUUACACAGAGCCGAUAGAAAUGAUCGCGGUGGUGACUGAGUCACUCACAGGAAUCUCCCAAAAUUCAAGUACCAUCAUAUUUCCAAAGCAAAGUGACUAUUUUAUUGAAUUUCUGGACUACACUAGAGUUAUAAAGCCUUCUCUGAACUUCACAGCUACUCUAAAGGUGUCUCGUUCUGAUAGCAACCAGCUGACAGCUGAAGAGAGGCAGAAUCUUGUAACAGUCACUGCACAAGAGUUAGACCUGCUUUUCCAUCACUCUUCACUUUCUCACUUGGAAAAUGAGGCAACAGAGGAGAGAAAUCUGACAGUUCAUAUCCUGAACUACACAGUUCCAGAAAAUGGAGUAAUUGAUGUUGAGUUUCCAAUCCUGUCUGAUACCAAAACUCUGAGAGUUCAGGCAGAGUUCCUCAGCAGUAAGACUGACAUAGGUGUUUAUGAUGUGUUCAGCUCCCCCAGUCAGACUUAUCUCCAGGUUAAAACAAAGAGCCAAGAUAUAAAGGCUGGGAAGCCUUUUGCACUGAGCAUUGCAAGCAACAAGCCAGUGAGAGAGUAUCACUAUCUGGUAUUAUCUAAAGAACAAAUUAUGGCUUUUGGCACAAAAUCUACAAAAACAUUCACUUUAACAGCAGAAAAUUUUUGGGCUCCUUCGAUAUCUAUACUUGUAUUCUAUGUAGAUGAGCUUGGAGUGGUUGUAAAUGAUGCUCUCACUGUCCCCAUCCAGCCUGCUUUGGAUGACAAGAUUAAAAUCUCUUGGAGCAAAGAUAAAGCCAAGCCAUCUGAGAAAGUCUCCCUUAAAAUCAGUACAACAGAGCCAGGAUCAGUAAUUGGACUUUCAGUUGUUGAUAAAAGUGCAAAGCUUCUGGGAGAAAGUAGUGACAUAACAGAAGAAUCUGUCCUCCAUGAGCUCAAUUUAUACAGCACAGUGCAGUAUUUCCCCCUGGUCAGAGGUUCUUUUGGUGUAUUUCAGAAAUGCAGCCUUUGGGUAUCAACUGAUGCAGUUCUUGAGGAGGAUAAGGAACAUUUUCUUUAUGGUGGAAUGAUACCUAUAGAGGAUGGUUUCGGUGAUGAUAUGCCGGUAUCUAAAAAUGGACCUCCUGAUUUCAACAAUCUCUAUGUGAGGACACAUUUUCCAGAGACUUGGCUUUGGAUCGACACUAAAACAAGAUCUGACACAGAAACCACAAUGGAUGCCAUUGUACCUGACACCAUCACAUCCUGGGUAGCCAGUGCUUUUGUGGUCUCUGAAAGCGGCGGGCUUGGAGUGACGACUGCUCCGGUGGAGCUAGAAGUUUUUCAGCCUUUUUUUAUUUUCCUCAACCUUCCAUACUCCGUCAUCAGAGGAGAGCAGUUCAUUUUGGAAGUGAACAUCUUUAAUUAUUUGAAAGAAGAAGCUGAGGUUACUGUGAUCCUGGAUAUGAAUGAUGCUUUUGAAAUUAUUCUAACAUCUAAUGAAAUAAAUGCUACAGCAAAUCAACAAUCUAUAUCUGUACCAAGUGAAGAUGGGAAAACUGUUCAAUUCCCAAUCAAGCCAAAACAGCUGGGAGAGAUUCCCAUCAAAGUGACAGCAAUAUCAUCUGCUGCUUCUGAUGCUGUUAUCCAGAAAGUUAUAGUCAAGGCUGAAGGAUUGGAACAGACAUAUUCUCAGACAGUCCUUUUGGAUUUGACUGGGAAUAAACGACAAACGGUGUCAAAAACUUUGGAAUUCACUUUUCCUUCUGAUGUUGUAAGUGACAGUGAGAGAGUGCAGGUCACUGCUGUUGGUGAUUUACUGGGGCCUUCUAUCAACGGUUUGUCAUCAUUGAUUAAGAUGCCUUAUGGCUGUGGUGAACAGAAUAUGAUCAAUUUUGCUCCGAAUGUUUAUAUUUUGCAAUACUUGACUAAAACCAGGCAGCUGAGAGACGAUAUUAGAUCAAAAGCAGUAGCAUUUAUGAGAAAAGGCUACCAAAGAGAGCUGCUUUUCCAGAGGGAUGAUGGCUCUUUCAGUGCCUUUGGAAAUGAAGAUCCCUCUGGGAGCACAUGGUUAUCAGCUUUUGUAUUGAGAUGUUUCCUUCAAGCUCGUCCGUUCAUAGAUAUUGAUGAAGAUGUACUCAUGGACACAGCUAAAUGGAUUGUCCGUCAUCAGAAAUUAAAUGGAGAGUUCCAGGAGCCUGGGAAAGUGUUACACAGUGACCUUCAAGGAGGCACCAACAAUCCAAUUACUCUCACAGCUUACAUCAUGUCAUCCCUCCUAGGGUUCCCAGAUAAACAGCAUGCUUAUGCCAUCAAGACUGCUACAAACUUUCUAGAAGAUAAAUUAGAAGAAGGCAUUUCAGAUAAUUACACAUUGGCACUUGUGACAUAUGCAUUGUCCUGGGCAAAAAGUCCAAGAGCGAAGGAAGCACUGAAUAUGCUGAACCAGAGAGCAGAACGCCAAGGAGAAUUUCAUUUUUGGGUAACACCUGCUUCUGAAAUUUCUGACUCAUGGCAGCCACGGUCCAUUGAUAUUGAACUUGCAGCAUAUGCUCUGCUCUCUCACUUUCAUCAAGACAGAUUAGCUGAGGGGAUUCCUAUUAUGAAAUGGUUAAGUCAUCAAAGAAAUCACCUUGGGGGAUUUUCAUCUACUCAGGACACAGUGGUGGCUCUACAAGCCUUGAGUCUGUUUGCAGCUCUCACUGUGGCAAGCAAAACAGAAAUGGAUAUAACAGUGACAGCCCCUUCUUUGGAAAUACCAGCAACAUUCUCAAUUGAUACUCGAAACCGUUUCCUGCUUCAGACUAAGGAGAUUCCCCCUGCACAACAAAUGCCAAUUACAGUGUCAGCGGAGGGAAUGGGAUUUGCUGUCUUUCAGCUCAAUGUUAUGUACAACACAAAGCACACCGAUCAGAGGCUCAGAUCUCUCCAAAAUCAAGAAGCCUUUGGGUUGAAUGUUGAUGUAAAAGAUGAUAAAGAUGAUGCAAACCACUUGACUUUGAAUGUGUGCACAAGGUACUUUGGUUCUGGCACGGCUCCCAGUAGUGGUAUGGUCCUCAUGGAGGUUGGCUUACUCAGUGGUUUCUCUGUGUCACCAGAUUUUGUUCCAUUAGACAAUACAGUUAAGAAGACGGAAAAGGAAAAUGGAAAAGUCAACCUAUACUUUGACUCUUUAAAUGAAACACAGGUUUGUGUGGAUAUUCCAGCUGUGAGAGACUUCAAGGUGGCAAAUAUCCAAGAUGCUUCAGUGACUGUACUGGAUUACUAUGAACCUAGAAGAAGAGCAGUGAGAAGCUAUAAUUCAGAAGUAAUGCAAAGUAUAACCUCUUGUGACUUCUGUGAAAGUGAUUGCAACCUUUGCCACCGAGAUGGUUCUGCAGCCUUGCUUCAGCACUCUUCAUUGGCCUCCUUGUUCUGUGUACUCUUUGUCCUUCAUGCAGACUUGCUGUGCAGUUGGGUGCUGUAAAAGGAAACAGAUUAUGUUUCACAUCUAAAGUUUCCAUAAAUUAUCCAAAGAAAAUUUUAUGUUCAGAUACCAGCCCGUCUUUAGUGAUUACCAUGACCAAACUCCUGCUGUGUUCAGGGAGAGCUGGGCUGGCCCAUAUGGUAAAUUUCUGGCUGUGCCAGAAAACUUCUACAAGUGUCUGCUGGAAAAGCUUUCCAAAUGUUAGUUUCAUACUGAAUUUAUUUUCUGAAGAAGCACAGAGUUACUGAGAAAGCAGUGUGAUAAAAAGUAAGCUUAGCUGCACAUUCCCACUUUGUUUUUACCCCAGCUUCCAACUGUGCUUGUUUUUUAGGGUUGUUAGUUUACCAUGCUUUUCCAAAACACUAUCUGCUUCUCCAUUAGGGUGUUGAUAAGCAAUGAUAGGAGCUUGGUAUCAGAGCUCACUUUGUUCUGUUCUGAAGAUGUGACACUCAACAUUAAUACUGAAUUUCUCUGUGUGCUCUCAUGAGGAAUAAUAUGAAAAAAAAAAAGAGAUGGCUUCAGAGCAGACCCAAGAGCCAAAAAGUAUUGCAUUUACAGGCUGCUGAAUGCUGCAGAAAGUUGUCAGUCUUUUUUUUUUGAAUCAUUACAGAGCAGGUAGGUGGAUUUUUUAGGCAAUUCAUAAGCUAAUAAUGCUUGAAAAUAACGCCUCAGGAUGUUCUCAUGCAUUUUACUCUGAAAGGCUUUUUACUGUAAACGUAUCAAAGAUAAAGUCUGUUUAUCAGACUUCAGUUUUUACAGAGUUAUUCAGAAACAAAUGCAAUUCUCUUUCCAUGUGAGAAUGGUGGUGUCAGCUGGUAUAUAUUUAUGGCCAGAUGAAGGAAGUUUGUUUUGAACCUGUUGUGUUUUUUUUGAUGUCUCUGAGAAAUAUCUCUCUGGGGCAUCAUUUAUGUCUUGCGCCUUCAGCGUCACCUUGUCAGCAGUUCAGGUGGCAUACCCCAAACAGUUGUUUACUGCUCUCAGUGCCAUAUGAGUUGGUGGCCCUGGAUGCCAUCUGUGUCCCUGUUGCUGAUGAUGGGAGUGGCUUUUAGGAGGCAUGGGCUGCACAGGCACUCAGUUCAGCCAAACAAUUCACACGCUUGCUUUACUUUAACCACGUCCAUGUAUGCUCAAGUGCUCUGCUGAAGUGGAAUGGAGGAGAGAGAUGGUGAAAAGUAGCAGGCACUUCUAUACCCAAACCUGCUCUUUGCACAUAGGCAGAAUUACAGCUCUCUGUGAGUGUAGAAAUGUGUGAGCUUAGGAGCUUGUUGCUCCUGAGUGAGUGUAUGAAUGCCUUCCUUGUCUGGCAGCCAAUCUGUCCUUCUUAUACACUACCUGUAAUAUCUAAUGCUUAUUUCUUUUUGAUAAGGCAGCCAAGCUGUUACACUCAUAGUUACUGAAAUGAAGUUAAUAGCUGUCACGCUGACUAAGAGAGGUGGAAGUUUUAAUUUCUAUUGAUUCCCUUUCUUUCAUACCUUUUUUUAGACAGAGUGUGUUUUUGUGCACAUGUAAUAAUAUGGCAGUCACUUUACUUGAGCAAUUUCUGAUGUUUCCAUUUUUUUCUACUGCUUAAAAUGUAUAUUUUUGUAUUUAUGCUCAUCUAUAAUGUUGUUCAUAAAGGAAAUUUUGCAUAUUACCAUGGGAAGAGGCCUGAACUUCCAGGACUGUAGGUGCCUUCUAUUACCAAUGUACAGGUUUUAACUGCAGAGCUAGUUUAGAUGAGGUUAUUUGUUUUACUUCACCUGCUUUUGGAAUUUACAAUGUUUUUCACAAAUUUGGGAUCCUCUCCUGUUUCUUAGGCAGAGCUUAGUCCUGGUUCUUCAUGGUCAGUCAUGCUUUUCACUUGUCCUAGGUGUGUUUCGGAUUUAGCCUUUUGAAUAGUUAAUUAGUGCCUGAACAGAGUGUGUGUGCUUCUCUGACCCACAUAAAGUAAUGUAUUUAUUGAAGCCAAACUCACUGCUUAGUCAGUUGAAUGCAAGAUCUCACCCUCUGGAAGCCAUUCACUUGGUUAUAUUCAUGGGUCCAAAGCUAAGAGAAAUGAAGAUACAGAAUUAAACACAUCUCUGCAUCUCUGCAUCUCAAAUCCUUUAUUCAUUUAUGGGCGCCUAAAUCCAACUGUGUUAAGUAUAAGAUCUGGAAAAACUUCUCAUCUAAACUGGGAUGUGUUUUGUUGUGGGUUUGAUUUUCUUGUGACUUAUGAAAGUUGGUCUUCUCUUGUCUUUGAGAACAGCAGACUUGACAUGUCAUUUGUCUCCCAUUAAUGUAAUUUCAAAAACCCAAAGCUCACAUACUUCCAGGUUUUACUAUAUGCAGGACUUCUAAUAGGGACAUUGGUACCUGAUUAAUGAUAGGAUAAAGGGCCUUAUUUUCUAGACAAGAUGUACUGGAGAUAAAUUGCUCUUUUGCAGUAGAUAGUAGGAAUAAAUUAGUUCUGUUUUGCAUGCAGUCCAAUCUUCCUGAAAAUCCUCCAAGAAAAACAGAUUUAAACUGCUUAGUUGAGUUUUGGACAGUGUAGCUUUUACUAGUAUUCCCUUACAUUUGUUUUUGAGACAACACAUGUUUUUAAAUGACUUUUGGCUGCCUUACACACUAUAUUAAGAAUCAUCAGUCAUAAUGUACCAUGUCAGGGAAAUUGUUGGAGUCAGUGAAUAAACAUCCUCUUUUAUUUUACUUUAUUCUAUACAGAAGACAUUUUAUUGCAGGCAUCCAAAUCUGCAUCUGUAUCAAGCUAUUUUAAAGAAACCAUGUACAUUGUAUGACUUUAAACAAAUGUUUACACGAGGUGGCCUUUAACAUUCCUGCAUCAGUGCCUUCAGUCACUUUGCAGUAGUGGCUGGUGCUUUAAAUGAAUUGCAGAGGACACAAUUUGUACUGUGGUGGCAGUGAAUGGAAUAUUAUUUGGCACUGUGACCUUUUUUUUUGUUUUGUUUUCCUCAUCAUUAUGUGGGAACCUUUACACAAAUUCUCAGCAUAUAUAUUAUCUCCAUUGCUCUAUAACACCCAUUUUGGAUGUUAGGGGGGCCGUGCUCCUACUGAAGUUAAUAGGAAAUCUUGUAGCAAAAAGUCUUUUGGAACUGUUUAGCAAUAAGGUCUACAAGGAGCUUUAAGGAGUGAUGCUAAAAACAGUCAUGAAAAGGUAUUUUUGUGGUGGAGUCUUCAUGUUGUGUUGUCUGAGCAUUUCUGCUGUUCAUUGAAAUCUGAGUGUACACUGGUAUUUCCCAUGCCUUUUUCAGCCACAGGGUGUCAAUGGACAUGGUCUGUCUAGGGCCCUUAAUGUGCUAUUGAAUCAUUAAGAGGUAUUUAUUUAGGAUUGGGUCUAAACCAAAACUAUAAUGUAUUUUAAAGCUGUUCCCCCCAAAUUCUGCCUCUGCUGUCAUCCAUGAUCUUAGCUGAGGGUUUCUCUACAGGUUUUGAUAUCGGUGUCAUUUAGAGAUCUUCUGUACCAAAUGCUGUAGUACAGAAGAGGAAAUGAGUGCUGCUUAACAGGUUUGGAGUGCCUCAGAAUCUGCAGGCUGGGCCGGUUUGGUUCCCAGCAUGGCACCACCAUAGAAUUGUUUAUGUUGGAAAAGACCUUUAAAAUCAUGGGGGCCAACCAUUAAGCCAGCUUUGCCAAGUCUGCCACUAAACUGUGUCUCCAAAUGCUACAUCUAUGGUCUUUCUAAAUACCCCCAGGGAGGGUGACACCACUUCUUCCAUUGGCAGCCUGUUCCCAUGCUUAAAAGUGAAGAAAUUAUUCCUAAUAUCCAGUCUAGACCUCCCCUGGCACAACUUGUAUCAAACAGAAGCAGUGCAGGUAUUCCCAGUUAGCUUCCAUAUCAUGUGCUCUCAUUCACUUCACAAGCAGGGGUGUGUGGCUUCUGCACAUCAAUGGUACAGGAUAAAAGGAGGAGGUGGUCAGACGGGUGCAGGAGAAACAUGAGAGGGAGAUCCAGUGUUCACAGAAUCAUAGAAUGUGAAGGAGUUGGACUGGACCUUAAGAUCAUCUUGUUCCAACUCUAGUGGGACACCUCCCACUGGAACAGGUUUCUCAAGGUCUUACCCAGCCUGGGUUUCAACACUGCCAAGGUUGGGGCAUCCACAACCCCCCUGGGCAACUUGUUCCAGUGUCUCACUACCCUGACAGUAAAAAAACUCCCUAAUAUCUAACCUAAGUUUCCCUUCUUUCAGUUGGAGCUCAUUACUCCUUGUUCUUUUACUGCAGUUCCUCAGAGUCCCUUUCUGGCUUCCUUGCAGUCCCCCUGCAGACACUGGAAGGUUGCUGUGAGAUCUCCACACAACCUUCUCCGGGUGAUCAGUCCCAACUUUCCCAGCCUGUCUUCACAGGGGACUCUACCCUGGUGAAGUGUUCCAGUCCUCUUAUCAGCUUCGUGGCCUUCCUCUGAACUUGCUCUGACACUUCCAUGUCCUUCUUAUAUUACAGGCCUCUCUUUUGCCUUGGAAGUCACUGUUGACAGUCAAACCUAAAAUACAAAAAUUGGUUUUAUUCAGUUAUCGAAAUAUUAUCCUAGCAAUAUUUCUCUGAAUGUGUUGUUCAAGUUGGUAUGAAUAUUGGCAACAUUUGAUUUUAGCUAAAUCCUGCAGAAAGCAUAUGCAUAUACAUAGCUGUUAUAGGCUGCAGUGUUCUGCAGUGUGCAAUGUAUGUGCAUAAACCCAAGUUCUUCACAGUCCCCAACCCAACAAUGCUGUGUAAUGUUCUGUUUUUAGGAAAGAAUCUAUUAGAAAGCAACUAGUGCCUAAUGGCAUAAUUUUUCUGUCUGAAACGCUAAGAAAGAGGAUUCAUUUUUAAUUCUAAUGACUAAUAUUAUUUUUGUUAUAACACUUCUUCUACCGUAAGUUCUUAUGCAGUGAACCAUGUCUAUAUAAUCUGAAGAUUUUGAAAUUAGAUGCUUAAUUUAUCUAUAAAAUAUAACAGCAGUUGUUUCCUUUUCCCAUAUCAAAAGAUUUCACUUCCAUGUUGUUUCCUAUUAAUUUUAAUGUAUUUCUGUGUGCCAAAUGGAAAUGCCAUUGCUUUGUUGCUAUUCUAUGCAAUGCAAUAAAGGCUGAUAGUGUGCUGUAUUAGAUUAAUCUAAUGAUUAUUUUUCCUAUAGAUAGCUUGUUUUCAGAUAGGUAUGAGCAUUAAUGCCUUAUGUACUGCAUUUGAGUCUCCAGUACUCCAGUUUAAGGUUUGUCUUUAAAUUCAAAUAAUUUGUUGUAUUUCUUAGUAGCUACCCAAAAACUUCAUCAGCAUUGCUAAUAUCUUAUUAUUUAAUAUGAACUGGGGUUUUUGUUGUGGUUUUUACUUUUCUUAGGUUGUAGGGGAUACUAAAUACAAAGAAGAAAAUAAAAAUAUGCUGGCUCAGCAGAAGGAUAUAAGCAGGUAUAGUGUCCUACUGACUGGCACAUCUUUUCUUUUUCCAUAUCAGGCCUUAAACAAUUUGAACUAAAAUUCUUGACUGCCUUGAGUCAGAUACCCAAUUUGAUCUAAGUUAUGAUCAUCAUUCACAUUUCCACUUUUGAUCAAAUCAGAAAGCACAGAGAAAGAAUGCUUUUAUGAGCUGUUUUGAGCAAAUGGAGGUGAACUAACAUGCCACCUAUGCAAAGAGCUUCUCUUUUUUCAAGUAAUAAAGCAAGUGUUAAAGAACUAGACUGUUUCAAAGGACUUUGGAAGAUUGUCAUUUGUUUAUUUUUCUUCAAAUAAAGUUCACAAUAGCUAUUUUUAAAUGCUAUUAAAGAUGACUUUUAAUAAUAUAUGUCUAAUGUUUGCUUGUUUGACAAUACAGCUACUUGUAGUAGAUAACAGUUUCUGUACACUGCUGACCACUACCCAUCCUCAGCACUUUUUAGAGGUUUCCUCAUCUGUGUUUUAAAGCUCAGAAUUUAAUAAUAUAAAUAAAAUUUUUAAAAAAGUAUUACAACAGUGGCUUCCCUGGUUAGGCUGUAAACAGUCACCUCAAUUUAAAAGUCUACUAUUUUGUUUAACAUGAAGUUAUUGCAAAGUUUGCUGGUAUCUGUAAAAGAGGUAGCAUAAAUAGUCUUAUGUGAUGAGCUCAGUUCAGGUGAUGACCCCUUAUGGUCAUGGAGAACAUGAGGAACUAUACUGUUGUGUGAAAAGGAGAAAAUAAUACAGAUACAGAACUAAUUGCUGAAGUGGAAGUAAAAGAGCACCAAAAAAUUUUUAUGCCAAAAUAUUUUAUACAAACAUAAUUGAAUUGAUGUGCAGAAUUUUUUUUUCAGGUGACUUGCUAUUUUAACUGCCAUUUUUCAUGGUUUAGAAGUUUGGUCUCUAUAACAGUGUCUUUUCCUAAUUUUCCUCAUAAUUCUCUUGCUGUUCCUCCUGCCUGCCCUUGAAAGAGCUUGCUGGCUCAUUUCAACUCUGGGGUCAGGAUCUGCUCAGCCUCACUGAACUCUUUUGACCUGACCACCUCUCCUACAAGUUCAGUGGCCAUUUCUGUGCUGGUGUGUCACAGAUCUACCUUUUCCUUCAGAGCCUUUAUGACCUGUCGAAGCUAAAAUCGUCUCUGUUCUCAUGGAGAAGUAGCUAUCAGCUCAAACCUAGAAUGACUUAAAAACACUUGGACUUGUCAGCACAGAUUUAUGAAGCUGAAAUAAUCUUUAACCAACCUAAUAGCUUUCUGUGGUAAGAGAAUUGGCUGUGUGCAUGAGGAUGAACAGUGGAUAGACUUUAUUAAGGCAUUCUCUCAUUUUUUUUUUCUGUUUCAAUAUUGAUAAUAGUCCCAAAUAAAGCAAAUUUGGAACAUAAGAUAUUCUAAUGAUAGACCAGUCUCUGGAAAAGUGAUUUUGGAGCAAGCUAAAUGUAGAAUGGUAAAAUGUAGAAGCAACCAGAGCUUAAGUGCAAAUAUUUGUGCAGACAUACAUACCAUCCCUUCCUACACAAGAAGCGUCAGGCAGAUGCAUGUGUAAGUAGUGUAUGAGGGGUGAUUCAUCUUUCUCCUGCCCCAUGGAUGCUCUUAAAAGAGCUGUGAGCCCCUGCUGAGGAUGUGGUUGUUGGUGCUGCUCACACUCAGGCCGCAGUACCCUGCUCCUUGUGCUGUGCUAGCACACACCUGUCCAGCCCUAGCAGGCUGUUCAUGUCUUGAAACCAGACACGAUCUUAGGCACGGCUACUUAGGUAAGUGAGGAUUGUAAUAUGUCUGAAGCAAAGAAUGAGAAAUCAUAUCCCUAAUAAAGAAGAAAAAAAUGGCAUAAGAAAGAGCCUUUUUAUCUGAUUCUCAAAAGCUGCCUACCAGGGAAACUAUGGAUUUUCCUGGGGAUUCUUCUGGCUCACAGUGAUGGAAAGGAAGGACUGAGCUGAUGGGUACUUUCAGUAAGUGGAUAGACAUUUUGUUAUAUUGUUUUUAGACAGAAAUGCUCACUUAAAAUGCUGGAUCAAGUGGCAAAGAUAGCAAUAUAAACACAUAUGGAAAUAAUGUACUAAAAAAGCGCUGUGGUUUCAUAUGCAGAAAAAAGAUAGAAGCCAACUCUAGCUCAGUGGGCAGCUAAUUAAGCCAGAGGUCUCUCUGUACAUUGUAUUCUAAGUUCAGUACAAGAGCAUGUAUCAGCAAGAUGCUAUGUGAUUUUUCCCUUAUAGUUCACACUUUGAUUUCAGGAAUGAACUAUGCAUCAUCCCCAUAGUGAUUAUUUAAAGAUGGGGUGGCUGGAUGUUAGAUGAGUGUCAGUAUGAUAAAUGUGUCUUGUUUGUGUGGGUGGUCAUUGUCCUUGAUCAGUUUAGGUCUGUCAUUUUUCUGUUCCUGAUUUUAAUUGAAUCUUAGAAUAAUAAAAACACAAAUGCUUUUACUGUUCAAUAACAUGAAGUUUUAUUGAGACAGUUGUGAGGAGUGAUUUUGCCAUUGCUACAUAUUCUGCUUGCUCCACUUAAGAUUGAGUGUUACAGCUUUCAUGGUUCCUUUCUCAACUCCAUCCACCAUUUUUCCAAUACACAGAGACCAACCGCAGUCUAAAAGACUUUUAUUACAGGAUACAGGAGAAGCAAAAAAAAAGGUGUGAAUUCUUUGUGAGGAAGCACAGCGUGUGGUCUCAGAGUGGUACCUCUCACCAAAGGAGUAUGGGACUCCACAUUAUACAGAAAACAAAGCCUGGUGUGAUCAACACAGCUCUGCCUCAGCUGCUUCUCUGGUUUCAUUCUUUUUCCAUUCAUUCAUACUGAAUUUAUUCUCCUGCUUUUGCAAGAAGUAGAGCUGGGAUAAUGCUGCAUAAGGUCAUACACAGGAACACUCUCUAAAGCACUCUUAAACUUCAAGUCCCUCUAGAUUAGCACAUUUCACCUGGCAACCAGUGGGGCACAUCUGGCUUGCAGGAGGUUUGAACAUAGCCAUUUUCCUUGGAGGUGAUUGAAAACAAGUUAUGUGAACUGCAAGCUGAACUGAGCAGCGGCAGGCAGGAGGUGACCAGGAGAGGGGCAGAACAAAGGCGGCUGCCUGGAGCAGGAACUGCCUGGCAGAGAGCGCUUGUUUGCGCAGUUUCACCCCAAUGCCCAGGCACGAGAGUGGCUGUCUCCCACCUGGGGAGGCAGCCAGCCUCUGUGCCUGGUCUCUGGCCAAAGCACACCUUUGGCAAUGGGAUGUGAGUCUGUCUGAGACAUGAGAAAGCUGGCUGUGUGGAAGAAGGAACUCAGGAGUGGGAGAAGGAGCAGAACUUUAUUGUGGUUAAUGUUGGACUGUUAGUGCUUGAUCAAUAAAAAAUCAGUAUUCUGUGCUAGGGGCAGCAAAACUGACUCUCCAAGCUGACAUCCUGUUUCACAGGUCACAGAACAUUCCUAUGUGUAUUCAAGUUGCAUUUUUUUUGGCCUGAACACAAGCCUCUUGCUCCAUGUCCCGUGCAGUGUGGAUGGCUCUGUGAGGGAUGUUCAGGAACAGAACAUGCUGCUGUAAACAACCAGUGAGCGUCAACAAUGACAGGCUGAGGUAAAAAAAAGCAAACAACAUAGUAUGAUGUAUAAACAAGAGUACACUUGGGAGACAAAUGGUGCCUUUCCAAGCUACUGGCCAUGCUUUUUGAAGUCUGUGGCAGGAAACCAGUGCUCUGACUGUGGGGCUCCUGGGGGCAGAGAUCAAGCAUUGUCUAGGAAGCUCAGCCACCAUGGGAAGAUUGAAUGAAUAAGAGUCCCUUGAAGCUCCAGGAGGUAGGGGUGUGGUUAAGAUCUUUCUCUCUCAGCUAUGUCUAGCUAUUUCAAAAAGCCUUGAACAUUCAGGAGAAUAAUUAUCAUACUGUGACCAUAAGAGGUAAGAUUAGAGCCAGGGGAAUAAAUUGCAAGAAAGAAAGUUUUAGUUUAAACAGCAGGGAGAACCUUUUUUAACAGGAGAAACAAACUGUUGGGCAGGCUGCUGUGGGAGACAGCCUCCUUCUUUCUUCAGAAAGAAGAGCAAGUUAGCAAAACACCUUCUAAUAAUGACCCAGGUCUGUGUGAGACUGUCUAGGUGGUGGUGAUGGAAUAAGUAAUCUCUUGCUGUCCUUCCCAGAGCUGUUUUCUUAUGAGCUGAUGUCUGCAAGCUCCACUGCUAUCACACAGAAUUGAACAGUUUUUACAAGAGACCUACUGAAAUGCACGAAGUGUAACUUUCUGCUGAUGCUAAGGAAAGUGGUGAAAAACUGCUUUGAAUUUACUGGAGUUGUAGUGGAGUUACAUGGUGAUUAUGAAAAUCUAGGCCAUAAUUCCCUCCAAAAGUCAUUGCUAGUUCUUAAGAGCAAGGUAGGACUGCCUUGAUUUAUAAUUUAUAAAUUUAUAAAUUUGAUUUAUAAUAGGGUUCACAGUAUGUGCAGAAUGAAAGUCAUUCUUGAAAAGGCUUCACUAGAAAGUAGAAGAUCAAGUGUCCUAUAAGAAGAGUUACCAGAUAGAGUGAUCUGAAUUUUUGAGCCUUUCAGGGGUUGUCUAGAAACAAGUAAUUGUGACCCUGCAACCUAACUACAAAUUGGAGCCUGCAACAACAGAACAGUUGUUCUCUCAGGCUGUUCCUAAGGUCAGGCCAAAUCAUACCUUAGGUUUUGUAGGUUUCAACGCCCAGCUUCUCAUCAUUCUAACUCAGAAUAUUUUGAUUCUGAUUCAUUAUAAAGAGAUUUAAAUGUUGUGUUUGUGACUGUGGUGGUUACACCUGUGAUGUUAGAUUACAGCUUGCAGAUUCAAUGUACAGACUGAGUAAACUACCUGGGGAGUGUUUUCGUUAGUGGCUAUGAUUUUGUGCCAAGAUUUGUCCUCUAUAUCUUAUUUCUGCUGAAAUUUCUUACUUCUUCACCAUUUUCCUUCCCAAAGAUAAAAUCAAAAUGCUGGAGGUAACAAAACCAGAAAAAUUCUAUCAGAUUGUGUGCUGAAGGCAGGCUGGUUAGGCAGGUCUACACCUAGUGCCUUUGAAAUACAUCUAUAGAUGAGGCUGGCAUGGUCCCAGUCCUUUCUAUUAUUAUAUUUCUUGCUGUAGAUAGAGUUUUGCUGAAUUUUAAGUGCAGUGACUGGCUGUGCAAGGGCCUUGGGAGUCCAGGACUAUAGAAGACCCCAAGAGUCAGGGCCCUUCUAGGGUGUCUCAGCCAUAGGAGUCCUCAUGAACUUUCUUAGUCAUUAUCUCUGCUCUUGCUAUUCCCUGGCACCAAGGUGCUGUGGAUAAAAAGGUCUUCUUAUUUAAGCAACUAAAUAUCUGUCAUGUAUCCAACCAAAUAUAUAUAUAUAUAUAUAUAUGUAUGUAUGUAUGUAUGUUGCUAUAUAGUAUAUAGCAAGCAAAUAUCAUUCACUGGUGUGCUGGAAAGUGCAGUGCUGUGGGUGGUUGCUCUGUGUUGACCAACAAACUGCUGCUCCAGCAAAGACUGUGUUGAGGAUUGGACCCUGAAGGGGUCAACCAUGUAACAGGCCACUGCAGGGCAUCAGCCUCAGUAGGCUUUGGAUGCUGGGUGUGGCUGUUGGCAAUGACAACUUGACAAACCUGAUGAUUCAAAACAGAAACAACCUUGGGAGGCAAUACAGAGGGUGAUGUUAUGGGUUAUAAAACAAAUAAGGAAUUUCUUGCUCCCUGGUGAGAAUUCUCACUACCUCCAUAAGGGCAGCUCGGGAAGAGAACAAGCAAGGACAGAGAGAUGUCCUGACAUCGCCAAACUUUUAAGCUCUUGAAAAAGUUCUUCAGAACUACUCUGUGUCUUUUCAAAUAUGCCAUUAACAUUAACAGAGGGAAGUCUGUCCUGGUUGUUAAACUAAACUGCUUGCUAGAACUGCUAGUGACCAUUCAAGGAACUCAGAGAAUUACAGAGUGCAGCCAGUAGAAUACAUUUAUCAAGGAGAAGUCAACCAAACCCAACCUGCACGAUUAUUUGGAGGCAGAUAUAAGUACAGGAGAGAUUUUUCACCUCUGCAACUUACAAAUUUUGCAUAUCCACAUAUGAAUAGAAGCGCAGAAGUUUGUUAUUUUCUGUUCCACAGCCUGCAGCUGCAUAUAUAAACACCUUACAUUUGAAAUCCUCCCAAAGAUGCAAAAUGCCCAAUGGUGUAGGUCUGAUAUCCUGGCAGUUCAACUCAACAUCUCCAAAUGAGUGUUGAUGAGGUAUGCACACUCAUUUGAUACUUUCUGUAUUUGUGUUCUUCUGGGGUGCUGAUCCUAUGAAAGAUGCCAUGAUGGUGGAUCACAGCAAAUACCAGAAUUGCUGCCCUUGGGUAAUUUUAGCUUUACAGUGUGGGAAAACAGUUGAUUGCAUCAAUUUUAAAAGUCAACUGCUGUGUUGUUAAUUUUUAAAAAAAUUAUUAGUUCUUGGUGAAGGCAGUAAUCAUUAGCACAAAUGGGUGCACGCUUUGCAGCACGUAGAGCACAGAGUCAGGCAUGGAAUUUUCUUUGGAGGCCACCAAGGAGUCUCAGCUGAGGCACCUUUUCAAAGUCCUGAUGUAAUGCUCAUCCGCCAGCUGUACAUAUUUUGAUUUUUUUAGGCUGCCUUCAAGUACUUAUGUUGAAUAUUUCAGAAUCAGAAAUACAGAUGACUUUCAAUUCUUGGUUUCUGAAAAUCCCCGAGUCCCAGGGAACUGUAAGUGAUCCGCUCCUUUGAAAAUGAGCUCACUGCUCUUCAGUGACCUAAUUAUGAUUAUAAGAGCUUACUGGUAAGUUAAGAUUGGAAAAAAAAUUGCCAAGAGGCAAAAAAUGAAAAAAAUCUGCACACACAGUAUUCACAUAGCUUGUGUAAUGCCUAGUGGGUGAGCCAGGCAGGGUCUGAAAACCAGGUGACAAAAGAUAUUUCUAAUCCUUUUCCUCCUGAUGCCAAUAGAGGGCUCGGUGUAAUUCUAGUUGGUGUCCUCAGCACUCAGCAUGCUGUAUUAGAUUUUAUCUGGUUUUAUUAGAGUAGUCCGUUUUUGUGCAAGUCUUUCCACACAUGAGUUAAGCAGAGAAAAUAAAGGAGGUAGAAAUAUUAAGUGACUACACUCUUAGAGUAUUUUUUCUUUUAUUUACAAUGGAGCAAAAAAGGCUUAUGUACCACCAUUUUUUAUGAAGGAGGUUGAUUCUCAGGCAGAAAAGGUUUACAUUUAAUUUGUUAUUUAAAAUCCCAUUUUUUAAGCUUAUUUGGAGAAUGCUAGCAUUUUGGAGAAAGUACAUGUUUAGCCACUGUCUGUUUCCACUGGAUCCUAUGCCUAACCCAUCCUAUUACAAGGUUCCAAAGCUGCAGGAACUUACCAAGUUUCCUUUCAAUCUUCCAGAAGAUCUGCAAGUAUUUCAGUCUUGUGUAGAAUCCUAAUACAAAAUUAUAUCCCUUAAUUAAAUAAAGAACAUGCAGUUCAGUACCCAAGGUUUUUUAAACAGGGUUUUCUUAUGAAUUUAAUUAUAGGUAGAAUUUAUAGCUGGUUUUAUGAAAACAUAUCAGACAAAGUAUAUCAGAUAUGUUAAUUAAAAAUUUUGAGAGAGAGAAAAACAAAGAGAAUAUCUUUAAAAGCUCAGGAAAUGGUUUAGUCUCCAAUGCCAUGAAGAACAAACUCCCCUUUUGAGAAAUCUCCUGUUUAUGAUAGUAACCGAUGAACUAAUUUUCUAAACAGAUUUUCUGGAAACAGAUUCUACUUCAGCUCAACCUUAUGGAAAGCCUUUCUGGUGCUAAACUAAUGUGAAACUUCAGGCAUGCACACACAAUAUCCAAUUUCAAAAUGUGUGGUGGAGGAACAAUUGUCACUUCAGCGUGCUCAGAUCUGUCAGGACCUGCUGUCCGUGCAGUUGCCACUGACUGCAUUGUGAGUGGUAGCUGGGACACCUGGGAAGUCCUGCUCAGUGGCCCUGACCCACCUGCGCCAGGUAUCGUUCAACCAUGGGGCAAACAUGUGGUCCCUACUGCAGACAACUCCCUGUCAACACAUGGAACAGGGAGGACACAGAAGGAUGUGGACAUAUGAAGGGACAUGAGGAAGAAGUGAGACAACUACAAAGCAGCAGGCAGAUCAGUCUUGAUUCAUAGUAUGUGUCUGGUAGAGCCCUGAUGAAGAAAAGAUUCUGAACCAAAUCCUUGCAAUCUUCUCUUUGACUCUCAUUAAUGCUACAAAACAUCCACAACUAUGGAUGUUUUUUAUUAACUUUUACUCUGUCAUUAAUUGGGGCUUAUUCUGCUUUGCAUAACAGGUACUUCAAAGGUAUGUAAAGACCAUUUUUAUAUACUUUGAUUGGGACCUGUAGUGGUGUCAUGAUUGAUUUUAAGGAUCAGUCGGAGGACUCUGAUGGGAUUUGAGUUCAGCUAUAAAAUUUUGAAGUAAAUGCAAACUUGGGGAUAAGAGAUUACCUCCUUGUUUAAAUGUUUCAAAAAAGCAUUUCUUUGUUUUUAUUUCUCCCCUAUGUACCUAAAUAGUUAUUCUGGAAAUAUCAUUAAAAUGGAUUAAAAAGAGAUAUUAUUCAUAAAAGAA